AUAAUUGAAUGUUGUUAUACCGAUCGCAGUUUACCCAGUUGUAACUGUCUUUCGCAGGCCUUUUGUUUGUGUAAAUUUAUUAUUUUUCCUCUAAAUUUCCAGUUUCCCAUUAAAUCUACCGGCAUGCAUAACACCCAGAAGUUGCUGACCAAAAUAUGGCGGCCGUUCGGCGAAUUAAAGCGGAAACAAAGCCAAAACCUGCGCUCCUUCAACCAGCAAAAUUUUACCCCCAAGAAACCUGAAGACCCACUCAAGCGUCCUACGCACUUUCAGUCCAUGAGGGAGUUCUUCAUGCAUCCACUGACUUGGGACCGCAACAAUGGCUACUUCAACGUGGUUUUGGCUCUGUCCAUUUUCGGGUUCGUUUUCUUCAACUCCUGCGCUCCUUGCGAACAACAGCGGAGUGGUCUUGAAGAGCGGACCACUCGGCCCCAGUGAAACCAACAGAAGUAGCAGACAUCCCAUGGAUUUGGAACGCAACUCACCUGGAUUGCAGACGCAGACCAAUCCGGAGUUGGUUGAAUGGCAUUGGGCGUUCAAGUCGCACAG